GGACACUGGCGGUCUGCGGAACAUAUGUUGUACCUACUAAUCGAGCACGAUGCUAGAAGAAGAACACAUACGAAGACCAAACGCGGUGGAGAUGUUGCAGUUGUACGUCUCCGACACUCUGGACUACUUUGACACAGUGACCGACUUCUGUAACGCAAACUCCAGAUGGAUGCUCCAGAGGGAGAAAGAGCUGGAGCUGAUGAGGGACAUCAAGGAGAGGGCCAGCCGACUGAACCUUGGAUUCCUCCAGGUGUUCAAAUCUAAAGAAAAACGCAAAGAAUUCGGGGAAUACCUUCGCACCAAGAGUACAGGCAAUAAAAGCGAGGAGCUGGAGAAAGAGCUGGCUACUGUGCUGAAGAACACCCGGGAAGGAGUGGAGAAGCUCACCUGCUUCCUGGAUGCUGUGGAGAAGCUUGCAGUAACUUCUCUGCAGGUGUUCACGGGCGGAGAAGAGGUGGUGAAGCUGUCUUUGGGGUUCAGCCUGGAGAGUGUGAAGGACAUCAUCUUAGCUGCCCGGCUGGUCUGUCCUCGCCUCCUGCACUUCAAGAGAGAUGCUGAGGUCUUCUUCACGCCCAGCCUCCACAACGUGGCCAUCUUUGAGGCUGAGUUGGACAAAUACAUCCGCACCACUGAGAAUAUCUGUAAGACGAUGGAUGCAAGCUUUACUGUCGGCUUCGGGCACAAAAGACGCCACCAGCCUUUGUUUGAGUUUGCGGAGGAUCUCACGGAGGAGGACCUGCAGAACACCCUGGCCCACGUCAAAGCCCUCUCCAGUCUCAGGAGGGACCAGGACUUCAGACUAGUGUUCUUAUUCCAGGACAAGUCGGUGUCGGGCUUUGUCAACCAGUUCAGCGAGUGUCUUCCCAGAAUGCUCCAGUUCCUCGAUGAGAUGGAGGGCUGUGCGGUGCAGCUAGACAGGAUGAAGAAGGGCUCUAAGAUCUCCAGGGUGACUGGGAGCUCAGUGGGGGUCCUUGGUGGGGUCAUGACCCUUGCAGGUCUGGCUCUAGCCCCGGUGACAGCUGGGCUGUCUUUGGGUCUGACCGUGGGGGGGGUAGGUCUGGGGAUCACCAGUGGAGUAAACUAUGCAGUCACCACAGUAACGGAGAUAGCGGUCAAUGAAGUACAGAAGAAGAGAGCCAACGGAGGCCUCCAGUGCUUCAUGGAGGAUGUGGAGAGAAUCCAGGCGUGCCUGGAUGAGGUCAUCAACCAGAGGGAAGAGACAUUGGGAAAGGAUCAUUUGGAUAGUGCUAAAGGAGCUGCAGGAGUGGUUUCUGCAGUUAGUGGAAUUGGUUUCAGUGCUCGUUCAAUUCAUAAAGCUAGAUUGGCUGCAAGAAUUCCAGGAAUAGCAGAGCAAGCAGCAAAGGGAACCCGGGCUGUGACCCAGAUGGCUGUUGGUAUUGGGUUGAAUGUCCUUUUCAUUGGUCUGGACAUCUACACCAUCUGCACAGAAAGCAUCAGUUUGUCCAGAGGAGGACAGACUAAAGCCUCCGAGUUCAUCAGAGCCAGGGCGGUCCUUCUGCGCUCAGAAGUGGACUGUUGGACAAGAAUCCAUGACUCCGUGGAUACUGGCAUGAAGCAUUUUGAGAGUAGGGAAAAUGUUCUUCAGAGCUCAUUCAGAAAUCAAUUAUAAUGCUCUCUCUUGCAUUUGUAUGUAAUUGUUGGACCAACAGGGAGAAAUCUCUCAUCCUAAAUCUCAUGAGAUUGACACAUAUUCAGAAACCUUAUAGUAUCUGAAGAAGCAGUGUUUUGUGUGCGCUCUGAUAUCGGUAUAUUCUGUGUUGCAACACAACGCAUGAUGAGUCAGGAGCUGUUGGUUCUUGAGGUUUCUGGUUCUUGGUGCAGUAGAACAUUACAGUACUUGUUUCUCUGCUUGAGUCCAAGGUAGGACAUGUUUGCGUGCAACACGUAUCUUCAAAGUAAACACCCACCUGUCUUUUCUUACCUUAA